CUCACUUUUUCAUCCUCACCUUUUCAUCCUAAGCUAACCACUCUGCUAAACCCAGUCUGCUAAAAAUGGGUUUGCUCCACUUCUCUUCCAUGGCAACCCACUCCCUCUACCCGCCAUUAACUUCAUUCUCUCCCCCCAAGCCCUUCAUUUUCCCUCGCCUCCCCCUUAUCCGAUACCCACUUCAAAGACGCUUCCCACUUUGUGCUUCUUCUAUCAAGAAACCCAGGGCUAGGAGAAAGGUGAAGAGCGACCAAGAACUAUGCAAUGACAUUCGGGAGUUCGUAUCUGCUGUCGGCCUACCAGAGGGGCAUCUCCCGUCGAUGAAGGAGCUUUCGCAGCAUGGAAGGACAGAUCUCGCAAAUAUUGUCAGGCGGAGAGGAUAUAAACACAUUAAAGAUCUUCUCUCAAGUGCAACAAAAACAGACACCAAUGAAUUUGAUGUAGGGGAAAGCUUAACUGAAAAUCAGGAUGCAACCAGUGAUUAUGAAGAUGAAUCAACAGGUCAGGAUGAGAAAGCGAAAGAUCUGGUGGAAGAUGUUCCAUUGUCAAGCAAAGGUUCCAUCAUGGAAAGCGGUGUCACUAAUGCAAAUAUUGAUCCAUCUUUCAACAAUGAUGAGCAAAGUUGCAUUAGAGAAUCUUCAACUCAUUCAUCCUUCCAGGAAAAGGUGGCAAAAUUUAUUCAGAGUGGAGAAUUGGAUACAAUUGAAGAUAAUGACUAUGGCAUUCUAAGUGGGGCUGCUGCUGAAGAAGGCAAGGGAGUUAUUGACUCAGAAAACACAAUAGAACUUGAAUCAAGGCCCCUUGCUGAGCUGCAUGUUGAACAUGCUUCUAGUGGAAGUAAUGCAGCUAAAAUAUUGAAUGGGAGUACAUUGUUCUCUGAUCAGAUUGUCCCUCCUGUAACAAGAAAUGACCCUCUUGGGGAUGACCGGUUCUCAAGUGAAGGACUUAUUAGUGCUGAUUUUGACAAUUUGGGCAUUGAGACCAAUGAAGGGGAGAAUCAAGUUGAAGUUAAUCAUCUCAAAUUGAUGCUGCAUCAGAAGGAAUUGGAAUUGUCUCAGUUGAAGAAGCAGAUUGAGAAGGAAAAGCUUGCUUUGACUAUUUUGCAAACUAAGGCAGAAACAGAAAUCAGCAAAGCUCAAAAAAUUGUCUUGGAAAAAGAUGCAGAGCUAAAUGCUGCUGAAGAAAGUCUUUCUGGACUGAAGGAGGUUCAGAUCCAGUACUCAGGAGAUGGUGAAAUCGUGGAGGUGGCAGGUAGUUUCAAUGGUUGGCAUCAUCGAAUUAAAAUGGAUCCACAGCCAUCAUCAAGUAGCAAAGAGCCUGUUGGAUCAAGGAAAUCCAGGCUUUGGUCGACAGUGCUUUGGCUUUAUCCUGGGCUAUAUGAGAUAAAAUUCAUCAUUGAUGGCCAGUGGAGAAUUGAUCCUCAAAGUGAGAUUGUUACCAGGGGUACCAUACAUAACAACAUUCUCCGAGUUGAUAGAUAACAUGGCUUUUACCAGAAAGAAUUUCUGAUACCACUGAGGUGAAUUGCCCAGAGAGAGACAAAGAGGCAAAGGAUACUCAAUUGGGUAACAAGCCUGUGCCAUGUAAUGGAGAUGAUGAAAUUCCUUUACUGGUUAGGGAUGAAGAGGGCACACUGAUGGAAAAAGAUCAUGCAGAUUUGAGUUAAUGCAGGUAUAGUCCAUAUUUUGAAUCGGUACUGGAAUUGUGCAGUUGUAAAUCCUGUAAAUAGGGCCUUUAUCCUUUCUCAUUUCCUUUGGAUGAUUAUUUUGUUUUUUAACUUGUACGUUAAAUGUAACCAUUCUAUGUUGGAGAUGUGGAUAUGAAGUAAUAUAGCUAUAGCCUAUAACAAUGUUUUUAGAUCUCA